AUGAAGUCUUUUCCUCUUGGAACAGUGCUUUUAACAGGGUUGGCCGCGGCCCAACAAUCUGCGAUCACAGCAUCUGGGGAAAACUUCACGCUGACUGGCGAUGGCAUGUCCUACCUCUUCCACGUCAACCCAUCGAACGGUGAUCUUGUGAGCGAUCACUUUGGGGCCAGUGUCACCGACUUCAUACCUCCAGCAACUAUCCUGCCUUGGGGUUGGAACGACAAUCUCGCCAACUUUCGCCGCGAGUUUCCCGAUGUGGGACGAAGUGACUUUCGACUUCCAGCUAUUCAUAUUGAGCAUGCAGACGGCGACGCGGUAUCCGCUUUUCGGUAUCAAUCACAUCAAAUCAUCCAGGGAAAACCACCGCUACCAGGGCUUCCUGCUACAUAUGGGGAAGCAGGCGAUGUGACGACGUUAAUUGUGCAACUGUUCGACAACGUUUCCGAUGUCUCGGCCGCGUUGUCGUAUUCGAUUUUCCCAAAGUACAACGCCAUUGCGAGGAGCUUCAGCAUCACCAACAAUGGCACGGACGCGAUUGUCAUCGAGAGAGCGGCGAGCUUCAGCACAGAUUUUCCGAAUCUGGAUCUUGACAUGAUUGAGCCACAUGGUGAUUGGUCAAAUGAGUUUCAUACAGUGAAGAGAAAGGUCGAUUAUGGGGAGACAACAUUUCGAAGCACAACGGGCUAUGCUUCUCACCUUCACAAUCCUUUCUUUGCUCUAGUAUCACCAUCUACCACCGAAAGCUCCGGUGCUGCAUGGGGGUUCAACUUGGUAUGGACGGGGAGCUUCGAAGCAACCGCUGAGCGCUUUUCAAACGGCUACGUGCGCGUGCUCCUUGGCCUCAACUCACUGCACACCAGUGUAAAGGUGCAGCCGGGUGAGAUGUUCCAGUCUCCUGAAGCGGUCGCUGUAUACUCGACUGAAGGCGUUGGUGGCAUGUCUCGUUCUUUUCAUGACCUGUAUCGCAACCACCUGUCAAGAUCCAAGUUCACCAAGGAGACGCGGCCGAUCCUGCUAAAUUCGUGGGAAGGUCUCGGUUUUAACAUCAACGAUACAUCGUUAGUAAGCCUAGCAGGUGAGGCAGAAGAACUUGGCAUUGAGCUCUUCGUGAACGAUGAUGGCUGGUUUGGAGUUGAAUACCCGCGGAACAAUGACUCCUUAGGACUUGGUGACUGGACACCGAAUCCCGCCAAAUUUCCCAAUGGACUUGGUCCCUACGUCGGCCAGGUAAACAACUUCUCCGUUCUGAAUUCCGCCACACCACUACAAUUUGGAAUAUGGGUCGAGCCAGAAAUGGUAAACCCUAAUUCAACACUGUACAAAGAACACCCCGAAUGGGUUUUGCACGCAGGGAAAUAUUCUCGAUCCUUGACGAGAAACCAGCUCGUCCUCAACGUGGGUUUGCCGGAGGUUCAGGAAUUCAUUAUCAGUUUCGUGUCCCGCAUUCUCGACUCUGCCAACAUCCAAUACGUAAAGUGGGACAACAAUCGAGGUAUGCAUGAGCUUUCCCGACCAUCGGACGACUACAACUAUAUCCUUGGUCUCUAUCGUGUCAUUGACAAUCUGACAACCAAGUACCCCAAUGUGCUUUGGGAAGGUUGUGCGUCCGGCGGUGGUCGAUUUGAUGCCGGCCUCCUGCACUACUGGCCACAGCACUGGACAUCAGACAAUACCGACGCUGCCAAUCGCCUGACAAUCCAGCUCGGUACUUCUCUCGUGUAUCCUCCAAGUGCCAUGGGUUGUCACAUCUCAGCCGUUCCCAACGGCCUCACGAACCGCAACAUUAGCAUUGAAUACCGAGGCCAUGUCGCAAUGAUGUGUGGGUCCUUUGGUCUCGAGCUCAACCCUUCUGAACUUGCCCCCGAAGAAGCCGCGCUGAUCCCGGGCAUCAUGGCAGAGGCGAAGCGAGUCAAUCCUAUGGUCAUAAACGGCGAUUUCUAUCGUCUAGCACAUCCAGACUCCAGCAAUUGGCCUGGUGCUCAAUUUGUAUCCGAGGAUGGAAAGGAAAGUGCGGUAUUUGCAUUCCAGCAACUGUACAUGGUUAAACCAGCGGCACCUCCCUUGGCUCUGCGGGGAUUGGAUCCACAAGCGAGAUACUUCAACACUCUUGAUAACGGAACGUAUACUGGAGCUACGUAUAUGAACGCUGGGCUCAACGUUGCGUGGGAAAGAGGGGAUUAUAAGAGUGAACUCAUUUGGUUAGAGAAGCAAUGA